GCGCGCGCUCCCGUGGGCCGCCGGGUCCUGCAGCGCAUGCUCGGCGCCCACGGACCGUCUGGGACCCUGCGCACCCGAGCGUCUGCAGUUCGGCGCUGCACCCCAGCCUGGGCAGCCCGCGCCCGGCCAUGACGGCUCAUUCCUUCGCCCUCCCGGUCAUCAUCUUCACCACGUUCUGGGGGCUCAUCGGCAUCGCCGGGCCCUGGUUCGUGCCCAAAGGACCCAACCGCGGAGUGAUCAUCACCAUGCUGGUGGCCACCGCGGUCUGCUGUUACCUCUUCUGGCUCAUCACUAUCCUGGCUCAGCUGAACCCCCUUUUCGGGCCGCAGCUGAAGAAUGAGACCAUCUGGUACGUCCGCUUCCUGUGGGAGUGACCAAUGCCGCUUCGGCCCCAGGUGCCCCAGCUCCCUGGAUGACUUUGGCUGUCCUGUCCCCGACGACCCCUUUGUCCCCCCCGUCACAGCUGUAUCUGGGUCCCUCCCUGGCUUCCUCCCCCAGGACCUGCCUGGUUCCAGCAGCUCCUGCCUUCCCCAUCUGGUCGGGCCUCGUGAAGCCCAGAGCUGAGUCAGGCUGGAGCAGAAGACACCAGCCCUCA